CGAAACACCGUUUUGUUUACCUUCGAAACUGAAAGUAGGAAUUUUCGGAAAAAGAAAACCAAAUUAAGUUCAGUAAUGAGCAAAACAUUCACAUCUAGACCUGGAUUGACUAAUUCUCGAGGUAGAGGUAGGGGCAGCCAGACAAGACAAGUAGAAGCAGUUAAUGCCAACAGAUUAGAACAAACGAAUCGAGGAACAGAGGCAAGAGCUGGAGCAAGACCACGGGUGGCACAACCACGGCCACAGGCACAGGUGCAGCCUCCACCAUUUGGACGAUCUAGGAUGGCAGGACAAGAACAGACAGAUUUACCGACCGGAGAUGAAAACCAAGGUUCUGGUGCAGAAAGAAGGAUGACAUAUCAAGGUGGAUACAGCAUGAUUGCCCCAGACCAGCGACGGAGGGAGCAGAUAAACCAAGUUGCUCAGAGAGAAACACAAGCAUAUCAGGAACAUAAACAACAGAACACCCCUGGCUCUUUCAACUAUGUAGGAACCGCAGGUGGAGGGCAGUUGACACAAGCAGAGGCAAGAAGAAAACUGAUUCAGGAAAGUCCUUCUAAAACACAAAAGCUGCUGAAGAAAGAGGAGAAAAAAUCCUAUUUCAAACAGAAGGAAGAAGAAGAAAUACAGAAGAAGAAAGAAGAACAGAGAAGAAAGGCAGAACAAAAUGAGAAGAGAAAGAAAGAGGAAGCGAAAGCUGCUGAACACAGAUGGGACAACCAGAGAAAAGUGGCAAAUGAAGCCUUCCUAAGGAGAUUUGAGAACAAAAGUAAAAGACUUGCGGGAGCCAAACCGUCUUCAAGUACUCAGCCAACACCUAAUACAUCUUCAUCAGAGUCGUAUGAGAGAUUGCAGCCAGAAGGUGCAGUGGGAAGUUCAUUUCCAGUUGCCAUGGACACUCAUCACUAUUCAGACACAGAUGAAGAACUUAGUUCAAUGGAAACACAAAGAGUCAGUCAGCUAGCUGCCAUUUUUCCACAGUAUCCUGAAACAGAACUUUUGGAAAUACUAAAACAGGUUGAUUUCUCAUUAGAUUCAGCUGUAGCCAUUCUACAGGACUGAUAUAAAGGGAUUGUUUUUACUGUGAUAUCAACUUCAAUGAAUGUUGACUAGUGAAGGUUAAUUUGUCAACAUCAGUUUAAAUUAUAUUUGAACAGUUGUUUUCAAUAAUAUUGUCUUCUGCGUUAGUGACCAUGCUGAAUGUAAUAUUGUUUUUCAAAGUAUUUGAUAGAUUUGACGUAGAGAUGAGAUAUGGCAAAAUUCCUUAUUGACAAAACUUCUGUAUAGAUGAAAUAUCGGAAAAAAAUUGACAAAACUACUAAAGCUGAUUUUUACUAUGACAUUUUAUUACUAAGAUUUCUCUAAAAAGUUGCAAGAAAAUUCUACAUUUUAUGAAUUUUUCAUACCAGUAUAAAUCAGCCCAAAAUCUUUCACCUACUGUGUAACAUUUUGUAUUAUACCAGUCUGUCUUAGCAUUGGAAUAUGCCAAAAUUUCUUGCAUGAUUUACAUUGAAAUUAUGUAUUUUCUGAAUUUUUCAUAGCAUUACAUUUAAUAUUAGUCAAAUAUGGGUAUAAGAUCAUUCUUGGUAAAGUCAAAACAUUGUCUUAAUUUGCAUGUGUUCUUUAGUCACUGUUAACAUACACAGCACAAUGUUUAAGUUUUAAAUGUAACUUUUAGUCUUUUAAAGCAUGGUGGUUUCUGUUCAUAGAUGAUAUUUAGCACAGAUUUGACUUUAGGUCAAAAUCAUAUGUGAGAUACUGAAAUAGUUUAUAUUUCAUGAACUUUUCAUAACAUUCUCAUAACAUUCUAAAUAAGGCAUAAUUUCUCAUGUGAUUUAGUAAUGAUUUUGAUUACUUUAUGAACUUUAUUGAAUUGAAUACUUUUAUUUGGUAUGCAGACUUGAAGGUUCAAAAACAAAAGAAACAGUUAAUUCCAAAAUUAUAGAUAAUUUUGAGGCAUGGGGGUAUUGAAACUUACCAUUGAAAGAGCACUAUUUUAAGUUUAGGAAUAUAUUUUGAAAGACUUUUUCUCAUAAACAGCUUUUUCUUUUAACGUAAAAUGUAUCAAGAAUUGAAAUUUUAAAAAAAUGACAAUAUUUCUGGCAAAUUUUGCGAAAGAAAAACACUAUCUCUUGACUUGCAGUUGGCCUUAAAGCUUCUGAACAAUCCAUGAAAACUACCAUAUCAUCAGAUAAGAAAGACAGGUUGCCACUGUAUACAUUGUAUACCAUAUUUCAAAAUGUCUUUAAGGAAAUCUGUAGACAAAGUUAAAAUACUUUGGCUGCAUUUAAUUGAUAUCCUGUACCUUGACACAGUUGUUGAGAUCAUAUUUUCAAGGUAAAGGCCUUGUAGCUUAUAUGUCUGGUUUUCAUGUCUGGGUCAUUUCUAUCAUAUUUUAAGGAUGCAUUUUUUUCAUAC